GAGUAUUAUCAAAGUAAUUAAUACUUUUAAGUUAAACUUCAUUUCUAGAAGAAUUGAUUCAAGCAAAUAUAUAUAUAUUUCAUUAUUACUUUCUUUUCGCUAUUUUCUGAUGAGUAUCCCAAAUAAUCCUCCCGUUGUUGUUGCUACUACUCUGUUCAUUGUGGCAUUUUUAUCUCUUUGCCUUCAUUUUACAGAGGCACAAAUUGGAGUAUGUAAUGGAAUGAUCGGAGACAACUUACCUACCAAGAAAGACGUGGUGAACCUGUAUAAAUCUAAUGGCAUAGGGGCUAUGAGGCUCUAUAGUCCCGAUUUAGCAUCUCUCCAAGUCCUACAAGGCUCGGGCAUUAAACUCAUGCUAGACGUCCCUAACGAAGACGUUCAGUCCCUUGCAUCUGAUCAAUCAGCGGCAAUGCAAUGGAUCAACACUAACGUUGUGCCCUUUGCAUCGACGGUCAAAUACGUUGUUGUAGGGAAUGAGAUUCAUCCCUCCGAUAUGACAGCCUCAUCAGUCUUACCCGCUAUGCAAAAUGUUCUCAUUGCAUUAAAAUCCAAACAAUUAGAAAACAAAAUUAUGGUUUCUACAUCAAUUGAUACUAGCCUAAUCAUAAACUCAUAUCCGCCAUCAAAUGGUCAAUUUAAUAACACGGCAUACAUUACCCCAAUAAUCAAAUUUUUAACAAGUAAUGGAUCACCUUUGUUGGUUAACAUCUACACUUACUUUGCCUACAUUAGUAAUGAGCAAAGUAUUAGUCUUAACUAUGCAUUAUUCACAUCCAGUGGGACUGUUGUGACCGAUCCAAAUAAUGGGAAAAAAUACCAAAACAUGUUUGAUGCAAUGGUGGACUCAGUGUAUGCGGCUCUAGCAAAGGUGGGUGCACCUAACACGGCGAUUGUGGUGUCUGAAACCGGAUGGCCAUCAGCCGGGGGAGAUGCUGCCACGGUGAGCAACGCAGGAACAUAUUAUAGGAAUUUGAUCAAUCAUGUGAAGCAAGGGACUCCCUUAAAACCAGGGCAGACAAUUGAGACUUAUUUGUUUGCAAUGUUUGAUGAGGAUAAGAAGCCUGGGCCAAAUACUGAGCGCAAUUUUGGCCUGUUUACCCCUACUAAGGUUCCUAAAUAUGGCCAACUUAAUUUCAGUUGAUAAUUUAAGUUUUUGUUUCCUCAUCAUUUCAACUUCAUGUUUUUCAAUUAUUUGUACUACAAUAGAUUUUUCAGUUACUUGGAAUAAAACGGUUAAGUUUUCUAUUUAUGUAA